AUGGUUGGAUGUCCCGGCUCCGGAAAGAGUACAUUUGCUACAACUCAUCUCGUUUCCAGCGGCUACAAAUGGAUCAAUCAGGACACACUGAAGACAUGGCAGAACUGUCUGAAACAUUUGGAAAACGCUGUGACGGAAACUCGUAGGCGUUACAUUGAUGCGGCAAAGAAAUUGAAAAUUCAGUGUCGCUGUUUCGUCACGGAUGUACCAUUUGCCCAUUCCAAGCACAACAAUAUUUACCGUGAAUUGGCCAAUUCGACGCACAAACCGGUCAAUGACAUCGUCAUGAAUACAUUUAACAAACACUAUGAACAGCCGACAGUUGCUGAGGGUUUCCAGGAAGUGGUCAAAGUGAAUUUUAUCCCGGAAUUCAAUAGCAUUGAUGAGGAACACCUGUACCUGUACAGAAUGUAUUUAGUCGACUCGUAA